UCACAUGUAGCGCAUAACUAACUUCCACGUGUGACCCCCUUUUUGCAUUUUGCCAUACCAUCUCAUCUCUUUUGCCAACUCCCUUUUACGAAAACCCCAAAUCUUUACAUUCUUUUUACUCGGAAUUUGAUUCAAAAAACUGUUUUUUGGCCUCAAGACACAGUCUUUGGUAGCUUGCAUGAUUGAUCACUUCUAUAGAGUGAUGGGUUUCUUGUUUUUUUAACAAGUGUUAUGAAAUGGGGGAAAUGGGGAAUGCAUUCUUUUUUGUAUUGUUUUUUUUUUUUUACUUGUUCUAGAAAGCUGUGGGAUCUGCUUUUCUGGAAUAGAGAGUGUGAAUGGGGAUCUUACACGUUGAAAUCUUGCAUCAUGGAAAGGAGAAAAAAAAGUGUUUAAAAAAUUGGGUUGCUUUUAAUCUCAUCUGUAUUUCACAAGGUUUGGUUUAACCUCAAAGGCACCCAAUAAGUCCACCCAAUCACCUCCAUUUUCAAGAUCUGCUGAGAUUAGAGAGCCACACAAGUCCACUCUACCUCAUAAAGAUUUGGCCUUUAUACACGGGCUUUAAGUUUUCUGCCUUUUCUUCUUUGACUGUUCUAUUCCAAUCUGCUCAUCAGAUAUUUUACUCAGAAGCCAUCAGUUUUCUCUCUUCUUCUUUAUAUAAUCCCCUGUGUUCUAUUUCUUUAUGAUCUUUUAAGCAAUAUGGAGCUUAGAAUUGCCUUACCCUCUCUUCAGUCUCCUUUCCAUGUUAUGCCUCAAGCUUCUGCUUCUUUUGCAGCCUCUUUGUGGCAUGGGAGACACUGUAGUGGUGGAAUGAAUCAAAAGGUUGCAUUUGAGGGUGUUUUUCUCAGUCCUGUCAGUUCAAGAAAGCUUUUGAGGGUGCAGAACUUUGAUAAAUUUUCAAAUAGAGGCCAUUUAAGGGUGUCUUGUAGGGCAAUUCUUGAUGGGGGUUUGGGUGAAGAACCCUUUGAAUUUAGGGAUGGAUUGAGUCUAGACAGUGAAGGGUGUUGCACAAUAUCUGAGAAGAGUGUGAAAGGUUCAAACUUUCCAUCACAGUUUGAUUUCUUGGAGCCUGGCAUGCUUGGGAUUGUGCCAGAGCCUCCAAAUUGGCCUGAAAGGGAGGCACUUUUGUGGGCAAGUGUUGAACACAGAGCCAAGAGUUUUGAGCUUCCUUUGUCCUUGAGAAUGAUAAAGAAGAAGCAGCAAUGGGAAGUGGGUGUUAGGGGUUUGGAAGAGAUGAGUUGUUGUUCAGUGAGAAAGGCCUUCUCUUCAAUGGUGUUCAUCAUUGUGGAGCUUCAGAGCAAAGCUCUGCAGAUGAGAGAAGCACUGUGUGAUGAAGAAUUGGAGUUAAUUGUCUCCAAAGUGCAACGCGAAAUGCACUUAUCGUUCGCCUGGAUGUUCCAGCAAGUGUUUUCCCGAACGCCUGAAUUGAUGAUUCAUGUUAUGACCCUUUUAGCCAAUUUCAGUGUGUAUUCUGUCUCUGAUUAUGAGACGAUGAAACCAUUUCCGGGACUUAGCGGUCCACCAUUGUUCAUCCAAAAUCCUAAUGGAGCUCCUGAGGAGCUCUCACAGGAUCAAGAACUGAGUGAAUCAGAGACAACAAAUAUGGGAGCUCUCGAGGAUGUUGGGCUCAAUCAUGAAUUCGUUUCGCCCUUGUCUCUGGAGUUUGGACCAGAUCAUGACCCUACAGCUUACUAUAGAACAGAUUUUAUGUAUCAGAUAAUGUUGUCCCAGGAUCCUCACAAUCCACUUCUGCUCUGCAACUACGCCCAGUUUCUGCAGCUUAUUAUACGCGAUUAUGAUAGGGCGGAGGAAUGUUUCAAACGUGCCAUCCAAGUGGAACCGCUAGAAUUAGAUGCAGAGGUGCUCAGCCAGUACGCCCGUUUCUUGUGGAAGGUUAGGAAGGACUUGACGGGAGCAGAAGAUGUAUAUCUGCAGGCCAUCGCGGCUGCUGAGAAAGAGAAUCUCUAUUAUACUUCUCAAUAUGCCAGUUUCUUGUGGAGUACAGGUGGUGAAGACACAUGUUUCCCCUUGAACUAAUCUCUGCGAGUUUCUAUUGAACCUGUCGUGAUUUCAUGUAAACGAGCUUCUGAAUAUCGGCAACAAGAAGUUAUUUGGAAUCUGUAACACUUGAAGAGGUGAUCAUACUCGUGGAAAAUCUCGGGGUGCAAGAAAACAUGUUCAACAUUUUUAAAGUGUAUGUUGGACAAACCUCCAUGAAAACUACUGUUAUUAAACAGUAUUCAUUGUACAUUAACUUUCCAAAUCUUUGGAUAUAGAUAUGAAUACACUCUGUUCAGUCUGAAA